AUGCCGAACAUGUUCAGCAGCCGCCUCAACCACAAUCGCCUACCUCGACGGGAUUCUGAGAACCAGGACAGCGAGGCCCUGCUGCCAGGCUCUUCUUCGUCAGCGUCACUCCCUCUUAAGCCUGGCCCCCCUGAUCGUUCAAGCCGUGAUGUUCGGAUUGCGGUGAGAACGCUUGUUCUGUGCACCAUUGUAUAUGUGGGCGCGACGUUGUGGAUAACCUCCAAGGUGAACAAGGCGACACUGAUAGCCAAUCCUGAUGAUUUCUGCAUUCAUCAUGUCUCGCAAUACUCACCCGUCGUCAGAGAUGUGAAGCCAAACUGGCACACGCAAUUGUUCAACGGAAGCUUCUUGCAUCAAAACAUCUAUCGACAGCCAGCUGGACCAGAAGUCGAUGCGGCAUGGGACGCGCUUGGUAUCAAUUACCGAAGUGUGGUAAUACCCGAAGCCGAAGCCGAACGAACAGGACUGCGUCACGACCAGGUCAAGGUUAGCCAAGAGUACGGCGGUGGUUUCCCAGCAAAUGUCGAGGGCUUGCAUCACCUGCAUUGUCUGGAUCUCCUUCGCAAGACGUUGCAUUGGAACUAUGACUACUACUUGGCACAGAAGCAAGGUGCAUUCGUGAACAGCGAGUACAUUGUCCGGGUGCAUGCUACGCACUGCCUGGAUACCAUCAGACAGGUCCUCAUGUGCAACCCGGAUGUGGGUGUUCUGGGCCAGGUAUGGUGGCAGCCCGACAGCGAGCCAGAUCCUAUGCCGUUUGUUGAUUUCAAUACGGAGCAUCGGUGUCGUGACUAUGAUGCUGUACGGAGAUGGGCAGAGGCGCAUCAGCUGCCGCCAGAAACGGAGGUGGACAUGGCCCGGUUCUAUGAGAUGCCCAAGGCGGGGGACGCGGUUCUGGGUGAGCUUCCAUGA